AACAAUAACUUUAUUAUUAACAAAGAGAUACUAUAUAUAUACAUAUAUUUAUAAAUUUUAAGAAGAGUAAUUCUGAAUUACACGAAAUGGCUGUGAUCGAAAAUAGGUGCUUCAAAUGUAUACGAUUGGUUAACGUACAGGGUGUUCUUUUUAUUUUGUUAUUCAUCGCAAGCGCGAUUAGUGCGACGCCCAAUGGAUGUGAUAGCGCCAAUCUCACCGCCAAUGUGGAUUGGCUCAAAGACAUCACCCUGCCGGAGAAACCAGUUCAAGGUUCGAUAUGCGAUUUAUCUUGCUGCGGACCGGAAGCAGAAGGAUUGCUGAGCAUGAAAAACCGGAAUCAGGUAGAGAGAUUCGCACGCGAUUCGAUUUCCCAAGUCGUCUCGUUGCUGCAGACAAGAAGCAGGAAGCUAGAGGAACUUUUCAAGGAAAUGAUGAUAAAAAGCAAAAAGGAGUUCCAUAGCAUGUUCCAGCGUACAUACGGCGUCAUUUACUUAGAGAAUUCGGCAGUGUUCUCAGACUUCUUCGUUGAGCUUGAUCGUUACUAUAAUCAUGGAGGAAUCAGCCUGACGGAGACUAUGGAUCACUUCUUUACUAUCCUUUACCAGAGGAUGUUUAAAGUUAUCAACGCACAAUAUAAUUUCAAUGAAGAGUAUUUGGCAUGCAUUGCAAAAGAUAUAUCGAAUAUGAAACCGUUUGGAGACGUUCCCGGCAAGCUGGCUGUAUUGUUAAAGCGAUCCUUUGUCGCGACGAGGAUAUUCCACAAAGCUUUAAACAAAGGCUCAGUCAUCGCUGAAAGAAUGCUGAAAAUUAAUAUCUCAGAAGAGUGCGGUAUGGAAAUUACUAAGAUGCACCACUGCGAUUCUUGUACAAACAACGCAGGCCCAGGAGCUUGCAACGCUUACUGCACUGACACUCUCAAAAGUUGCCUCUAUAUGUUCGCGGAGCUGGACAAAAACUGGAACAAAUAUAUUGAUGGCUUAGAUAAAGUCGCUGAAAAACUCUUGGGGCCUUUCAAUAUAGAAGUCGUUGUGGAACCGAUCAAUAUCAAAAUCUCAGAGGCAAUUAUGAAUUUUCAGGAAAAUGGCUCUGAGGUGAGUAACAAAGUGUUUGUGGAAUGCGGAGAGCCCGAUUUGAAGAAGAACCGGAAACGAAGGCAAGCCGAAAGCGAAGAUCUCGAAGGGGAAGUCACUUACCAGCCCAUAAAGUUUAAUUCAAAGAAGAAGCACAAAAAGACAAAUUCAAUGAUGAAGCAGUCGCCGAUGGAGAAAAGGAUUUCCGAAGUUAAACAAAAAGUCAAAGAAACGAGAAAUUUUUGGAGUCACCUGCCAUAUCAAUUUUGCAACAACAUAACAACAGCUUCACCAUCGGAGGAAGAAAGUUGCUGGAAUGGUACCCAUUUGGGAGCGUAUUUUCCAAAAAAGCAUGAGCCAGUAUUCAAUAAACCAUCAGUACUCUUCGAGCAAAUCUAUGCGCUAGGUGUUGUGGAGAAUAAGUUGCGAGCUGCCUACCAAGGACAAGAUGAGGAGUUGAUCGACGAAGAUGAGGACGAUGAACCAGAUAUAAUCAGUGGAUCGGCAUCGGGCGAUACUGGAACUGAAAUCGAUGACUUUGAUAUUGAUCCAACAACAACGACAACCACCACGACGACAACUGAGCGUAUAUUAAGUAAUGAUAUAAAUAAAGAUUUUGAAGAUGAAGAGGAGAGAGUAGCCGCAGCGUCGGCUUCUGAUCUUACCAAAGCCAUGAUACAUUACAUACUCCCAAUUGUUAUGGUUUGGUUUGGUGGCACGGUUGCUGAUAUUCUGUGAUAAA